GUUCCGUUGAUGUUUCACUUCUGCUAUAUAUUUUCAGGCAAUGGAAACGGCGUGCGCUCCGUCGUCGCCGCUACAAACCUAUCUCAUGUAUUCUUUAUCCUCGAAGCUCCGACCUUCUCUCUCCCUCCGCCUCUCCGCCGUCUUCUCCACUCAACCGCCGUCCGCCACCGUAGCACCACGGCGGCGGCGGAUGCUCUCUCCGACCGCCGCGCUCCCCAGGAGGAGCCGCGUGAAAGCCGUUGACGCUGCGUUGCUCAAGAAGAACUGGUUGGAUUCCCUCUCUCUCCCUUCGACAGAUUUGAGCUCCGUGUGUCUUGGAAGUGAUAAUGACCCGACCGGGGAGCAAUCGAGUUCCAACUGGGUCAUCGGUGUCGACCCCGAUUCGUCCGGUGCCUUGGCGCUACUGAGAACUGACGAGACGGGUUGUUCCGCUCAGGUAUUUGAUACUCCUCACUUGUCAGUUUUAGUCGGGAAACAAGUGCGGAAGCGCCCAGAUGCCAGGUCUAUUGUGCAGUUGAUUCGGGGUUUAGAUGUCCCUCCUGGAACUACAGCAUAUAUGGAGCAGUCAACUCCCUUUCCUAAAGAUGGGAAGCUGGGUUGGUAUAGUGGAGGAUUUGGGUAUGGACUAUGGCUCGGGAUACUCGUUGCAUCAGGUUUUCCUGUUAUCCCGAUCUCGUCUUCCUUAUGGAAGAACCAAUUCCAACUCGCUGGAGGCAGCUCUACCAAGGAUGACAGCAGGAGAGUUGCAUCGGAAUUGUUCCCGUUGCUCUCUCCCCAACUGAGCCGGAAAAAAGACCAUGGAAGAGCAGAGGCGUUGUUGAUUGCUGCUUAUGGUAUUGGCUUGAAGACGAUGAGGUUGAAGACUGAAGAUGUAAUUGCGGUCUGAGUUUGCUGCUUAGGGGAAACCUUUGACGUCAUUUGCUUUCUUGGCUAAACUCAUUAACACACAGAUCGUGUUUGAGUCGAGACACUGGCAUAUGCACGUAGCUAUUACUAUUAGUACUGCAAUGCCUAGGCAUUUUAUGGAAGAACCCCAUAUGUGUAUUCGAUUUUUCGAUUUCGACAUCAUGAUCUUUUGAUCA